UCGCUCGCGCACAGAGUCAUACUCGGUUUCAUCCGCGCGCGCUCAUGUCACUGAGGACAACAUCGGAAGCAUCGGCUGUCGCAUGUCAAUAAAAACACGCCUUGUCGCCAAGGAUACUGGAGUUUUAACGUCAUCUUUUUUUAAUUAUUUUUAUCCCCGCCGAACGGACCGCGCUGUGACUGAGGGAAGCGAGAUGCUCAGGUGUCGGCGCCGUUAAACAAAGUUUAUAAACACGCGCGAGACGGCGAAAGAGCGCGUGGAGGCACUGGACUCAUACCUGACAGGAUUCUUGGCGGGAAAAAAAAGGCGCGAAGUUUCUCUCAGAAACUGAAAAGAAGUCCAAGUCUGCUCAGAUAUCAGUGAAGAGGAUAAACAGAUGACAUGUAGAUGUAGGUAUGAUAACAUGAUAACAUCCUGGUAAGAAUGAGGAGUAAGUUUGACUAUUUGUUUCAGAAAACAUGUUAGAUGAGAGUACAGGAUUAGAGGUGCUCGCUCGUCGAGAAUUUGAAUAAUGGCCAGCUUUCCGGAUUGAUAUCAUGAUGAUGCUCUUCACUUUAAAAUCCUGAAGCAACCGAAGCUAUCUAACCUGGGAGGAAUCCGUUUCGACAAUAGUGACCCAGAUGUCAUGGGAUCAUGAAUGGAGUUCCAUCUGGAUUAUAGCGCUGUUAUUAGUUUUUCCUUCAGGGAAUAAUAUUUUAUGUCUCAAAUAUCAGUGAGACUGACUCUAUUAAGAAAAUGCUCUAUCUUGCUCUAAAUAAUGCAUGGAUCUUCUCGACCGAAGCUGAAGGUUGGUUAACGUCAUAUGCGCUCAAACAGGUGCGCUGCCGUCGCCCAACUUUCUCCACAAAGAAUUUCACACACUGUUUCGUGCAAUUUCCAUCACCUUUGUUACUGUGCCACUUCUCAGCUACAAGCUGCAAACGGGAUAUGGCGCCUUGCAGGUUUAUUUCACGCAUGAGCUGAAAUUUUCUUCAAAAUUUCCAUAAAAACACAGUUCAUCUAAUGCUAUUUAAAAGGAAGCGGCCCAUACCCUGGUGCUAUGCUCUAGCGCCAAUAUGAGAGUCUUCGUGGCGCGUUGAGCUUCUCCGUGCCAGUCCACAUGCAGGCCAAGAAGCGCUACGUGCUGGCAUUGGCGGCAGUCUGCGCCAUGCUGCUCGCCUACAUCUGCACCCUACAUACCACAGAGCUCCAGACACAUAGUGAGGAGUCACAUUUUCAUGCCAUUCUUCCGCAUGCCGAGCAACCCUACCUGUAUCUGGAGGAUGGGGAACCAGAAGAGUAUGGACCGCUGGUGCUGCUACGGCGCGAGAUUCAAAACAACAUGUACAAGAGCCGCCGCUGUCGCAUGGACACAUGUUUUGACUUCGGUCGGUGUCAGGGUGCCUUUCGUGUCUAUGUGUACCCGCCAGGCACAAGCACGGUCACAGGAAUUUCUGAAAAUUACAGAAAAAUUCUGGCGGCCAUUGAGGACUCUCGGUUCUUUACAAGCGAUCCAAGUGAGGCGUGCCUUUUUGUGCUCAGUGUGGACACGCUGGACAGGGACAGGCUCUCACCACAAUAUGUACAAGAUGUUAGAACUCAGAUCCAGAACCUUCUACUGUGGAAUGAUGGCAGGAACCACCUGAUCUUUAACCUGUAUUCUGGGACGUGGCCUGACUAUGCUGAGGAUUUAGGGUUUGAUGUAGGCCAGGCCAUGUUGGCCAAGGCUAGCGUCGAUGUUCAGAACUUCAGGCCCCAUUUUGAUGUGUCCAUACCACUAUUUUCCAAAGAGCACCCCCAGAAAGGUGGGGAGAAAGGUUACUUGACAUCCAACAAUGUCCCACCUGCUCGGAAAUACCUUCUUGUGUUCAAGGGAAAGAGGUACCUCACAGGAAUUGGUUCAGAAACCAGGAACGCUUUGUAUCACAUACAUAAUGGGGAAGAUAUGAUUUUGUUAACCACCUGCAAGCACGGGAAAGACUGGGAGAAGCACAAAGACGCCAGGUGUGACCAGGACAACGAAGAAUACUCAAAAUUUGAUUACCAGGAGCUGCUACACAACUCAACUUUCUGCUUGGUGCCUCGUGGCCGGCGACUCGGGUCUUUCCGUUUUCUCGAAGCCCUGCAGGCGGCGUGUAUCCCUGUAUUACUGAGUAACGGAUGGGAGCUGCCUUUCUCUGAGGUCAUCGACUGGAGCAAAGCCGCUAUCGUAGGAGACGAGAGAUUACUUCUGCAGAUUCCCUCCAUCACCAGGUCUGUCGAUGCAGAACGAAUCUUGGCUCUGAGACAGCAGACGCAGUUCCUGUGGGACUCCUACUUCUCCUCCGUGGAUAAAAUUGUCUUAACCACAUUAGAGAUCAUCCAGGACAGGAUAUACACCUACACCUCGAGAAGCAUGCUGAUGUGGAACUCACUCCCCGGUGGACUGUACACACUUCCUCGGUUCUCCUCGUACCCCACCCUCUUCCCCUUUUACUACAGAAUCCUGGGUAAGACUCCACAGCAAGAGUUUACAGCUGUUAUUCAGGCAGUAGCUCCUCUUCAGUCUCCUCAGCAGCCCAUCUUCAAACUCAUCAUCGCUGUUGCCAAGUCCAAGUUCUGUGUUCAGAUCAUUGUGUUGUGGAACUGUGACAAACCUUCACCUCCCAGAAGUAAAUGGCCGUCCAUCAGCGUCCCUUUGACCGUCAUCGAGGAAGACAGAAAGACGAUGAGCAGACGUUUUUUCCCUCAUGAUGUCAUCAAGACUGACGCCGUGCUUAGCUUGGACGAGGACUCAGUUCUAUCCACAAAUGAGGUGGAUUUUGCCUUCAUCGUGUGGCACAGUUUUCCGGAACGGAUAGUCGGAUAUCCGGCACGCAGUCAUUACUGGGACGCCACCAAGGGGAGGUGGGGCUACACUUCCAAGUGGACCAAUGAGUACUCGAUGGUGCUGACGGGCGCCGCCUUUUACCACAGGUACUAUCACUUCCUGUACACUCACUACCUGCCCAGUCGUCUCCUCUCCAUGGUGGACCAACUCGCCAACUGUGAGGACAUUCUCAUGAACUUCCUUGUCUCCACGGUAACCAAGCUGCCGCCAAUCAAAGUCACACAGAAGAAACAGUACAAGGAAACAAUGAUGCAGCAGGGUUCAAAGUCAUCACGUUGGGCCGACCCAGACCACUUCGCUCAGCGUCAGUCCUGCAUGAACUCCUUUGCUGCGUGGUUCGGCUUCAUGCCACUCAUUCACUCUCAGCUCCGUUUGGAUCCGGUUCUGUUUAAAGACCAGGUCUCCAUCUUACGCAAGAAAUACAGGGACAUCGAAAGACUGUAGAGACGCUUGACAUCGGAGCCCUCGUAUCAACACGGAGGUCUCGAAUCUACUGUACGAACGCUUUUCAUGAGCGAUAGAUGUGCUGUGAGUGACCUGGAAUUGUCCUCCCAAAUAUAACAUCUGCAAAGUCAUUUCAUUUCAAAUAUAUGCAACUCCGGGUUUUAUCUUGUUUAGCACCUUGGACAUUUUUUUAUUCUCGUCAUUUUCCGUCAUCUGCAGAGAACACUGUUGCUCCUAGGACAAAAUCAUGGGAAGGAAAGAUGGCCAGGGGAGGACAUUCAAACUCACACUAAUGCCUGCAAUACGUUCAUUCGGUUCCCUUAUUUUUUUGUACGAUUUUGCCUUUUUUUAAAAGAAACCUAAAGUCAAAUAAAACCUCUGAAUGCCACA